AAAGAAAGUCCCGAACCAUUUUGCUAAACAUUCGUUGAUUCUAUCGUUAUAUACUUCAUUUCCACCCCUUCCCCCUCGUUCUACUCUCCUUUCACCGUUUCUUGUGUCUCUCGUUCUUCAUUUCGUCCUCUACAACAACCAUGAACGGCACGGCCGAGCCCAAUGGCACACCGUGCGACGGGGAAACCCGGACGCCGCAGCCUAUCGCCAUCAUUGGGUAUGCCUGCCGACUGUCCGGCCAGGUUUCCUCCCCCGGCGACUUAUGGGAGCUUUGUACACGAGCUCGAAGCGGCUGGUCGCCCAUCCCCAAGGACCGGUUCUCACACGGCGCCUACCACCACCCUAAUCCUUCGAAACCCGGCACCUUCAACCCCGCGGGCGGUUACUUUCUUGAUGAAGACGUUUCCCGAUUUGAUGCCCCCUUCUUCAAUGUCACCGUGCAAGAGGCAAUUUCUAUGGACCCUCAGCAGCGCCUUCUUCUGGAGUGCUCCUUCGAAGCUUUGGAGAGUGCAGGCAUUCCCAAAGAGUCUCUCGCGGGUCGUGAUGUCGGUGUCUUUGUUGGUGGCAAUUUUUCCGACUACGAGCUCAAUAAUUGUCGAGAUGUUGAAACUGUUCCCCAGUUUCAAGCUACGGGAAAUGCGCCUGCUAUGCAAUCCAAUCGCAUUUCAUACUACUUCGACCUUGCAGGUCCUAGUAUGACAUUCGAUACGGCCUGCUCGUCUUCUCUCGUGGCUUUGCAUUAUGCUGUUCAGAGCUUGCGAAGUGGUGAAUCCAAGGAGGCGCUGGUUGGUGGAUGCAGAUUGAAUCUGCUUCCCGAUUAUUUCGUUUCUAUGUCAAUGUCACAACUAUUUAAUGAUGAAGGGAAAACAUACUCUUUUGACGAACGAGCCAAAUCCGGUUUUGCGCGUGGUGAGGGUGCCGGCGUUGUCCUCCUCAAGCCUCUCGACGCUGCAAUUCGCGACAAGGAUCCUAUCCGGGCUAUAAUCGCUAAUUCUGGAGUGAACCAAGACGGGAGAACCAAGGGUAUCACGCUGCCGAACGAAUUUGCACAGGAGCAGUUGAUCCGGCGUGUAUACCGCGAAGCCAAUCUGGACCCAGAGGACUGCGGCUUUGCAGAGAUGCACGGUACAGGCACCAAAGCGGGAGAUCCUAUUGAGGCACGAGCGGUGCAUGCAGCCCUAGGUGGAGGACGAACGGCACGGAACCCGCUUUACAUUGGGUCAGUCAAGUCCAACAUUGGCCACCUGGAAGGUGCCAGUGGCAUUGCUUCCAUUAUCAAGACAGCCAUGAUUCUUGACAAGGGGCUGCUGCUACCCAACGCCGACUUCAAGAAGCCCAACCCGAACAUUCCAUUGGCAGAGUGGAAUAUGAAAGUCGUUACCACUACUCGGCCUUUCCCACGAGGCAAGAAGUACGCCAGUGUCUCAAACUAUGGCUUUGGAGGAACCAACGCACACGUGGUUCUCCAAAAGCCGCCUCCCCCAGACCGGGCAGAGGAUGAUGCAGGUGCCGAGGGAGAUCCCAAGGCCAGAUUGUUUUUGAUCUCUGCCAAUGACAAGGAUUCUCUUCGUACGAGAAUCCGGGACUUUGGAAUCUACUUUGAGCAGCGGCCAGAGGUGUUCGAGAACUCCCUCUUUGGCAACUUUGCGCAUACCCUUGGAACCAAGUUGUCCCAUCUUUCCUAUCGCGUGGCUCUGUCUGCCACCUCGCUGGAUGACCUGGGUGUCAAGAUGGCUCAACUGAAAGCAAACCCCAUCCGAGUGCUUGGAAAGCCCACCAUCGCCUUUGUUUUCACAGGGCAGGGUGCUCAAUGGGCUCAGAUGGGUAUUCCCCUGAUGGAUGAGUAUCCAAUCUUUGCGACGGCCAUUGAACGCGCCGACAAAUGUCUUCGUGAUCACGGGGCCGAGUUCUCCCUGCUUGAAGAGCUGCAGAAGGAUCCUACAAUUUCUCAGAUCAACUCUCCCCAUCUGAGUCAACCUGCUUGCACGGCUCUCCAGAUUGCCCUGACAGACCUUUUUCGCUCGUGGGGUGUCAGCCCCUCUUCUGUCGUGGGUCACAGCUCCGGCGAGAUCGGUGCUGCUUACGCUGCAGGUAUCUUUGAUUUGGAGGGAGCCAUGGUACUGGCCUAUCACCGUGGCCAGAUGACCUCGUUGCUGAAGAGCUCCUACCCACUUAUCAAGGGCACAAUGAUUGCCGUCGGAGCCAGCUCUGACGAUAUCAAGCCGAUGCUCAAGAUCCUGAACGGCUAUGCUACGGUGGCAUGUGUGAAUAGUCCUUCUAGUGUGACCGUUUCUGGAGAUGCCGAUGCGAUUGACGAACUCGAGGCUGUUUUACAGGAGAAGCAGUUGUUCAACCGAAAGCUGAAGAUCGAUGUUGCCUAUCACUCAGACCACAUGAAGAAAGUAGCGGAGGCAUACCUGUCAGCUAUCGAUUCCAUCUUGCCCUCAACGUCCGCAACCGCUACUUUCUAUUCGUCUGUCACCGGCGAGAUCGCUGAGCCAACUGAUCUAGGCCCAGCAUACUGGGUGGCCAAUUUGACCUCCCCCGUACUUUUUGCUAACGCAUUGGGCAAGAUGUGCGCCGACGAAGAGAAGCGCCCCCACCUCCUUCUUGAGCUGGGUCCCCAUUCCGCCCUCAAGGGUCCGAUUCUGGACAUCUUGAAGAGCCUGGGAUCGAUCGCCUGCAAGGUCAGCUAUGCACCCACCGUGCUCCGCAAUGCCAACCCCGCCCAGUCCCUUCUGGAUGCUGCGGGCGCCGUUUAUGUGCGCGGUGGAAUUCUCAACAUCACUGCAGUCAACUUCCCAGUGAGUGGUGCCUGUAAUCGAUCAUUCUUGCGGGAUUUGCCCAAGUAUCCCUGGCAGCACAGCACAAGGUACUGGCAUGAGGGACGCAUUGCGCAGGGACACAAGUUUCGCGAUGGAAAGCGAAAUGAUGUCUUGGGAACGCUGGCCAUGUACUCGAAUAAUCUCGAGCCUACAUGGCGCAAUAUUGUGCGCCUGGACGACGUCCCGUGGCUUCGGGAGCAUAAGAUGCAGGGUAUGAGUGUAUAUCCGAUGGCCGGAUAUUUGGCUAUGGCCAUUGAGGCUGCACGUCGACGCGCCGAGGCCCAUGAGACUCCAUUCUCACAGUUCGAGUUUCGUGAGGUGACAGUCGGUGCUGCGCUCGUUCUUACCGACGAUGUGGACACCGAGACUACUAUUACCUUGAAGCCGUACGCAGAGGGCACGCGUGGCAACUCAGAUAUAUGGGAUGAGUUCCGUAUCAGCUCGUGGACUUCUAAGCGAGGCUGGACAGUCCACUGCUCAGGCUUGGUUCGCACCCGCGCCAACAAGAAGGGACAGGCAUCGGUCUCCAAUGCGGCGGACCUUGAGCAGAAGCACUUCUCCAACCAGAUUGACCGAAUCAUGGAACAAGCAACCUACGAGAUCGACACGCAGAACAUGUACCAAGUCCUCGCUGAUGUUGGUGCCGGCUAUGGUCCUUCCUUCCAAGGUCUGGAGGAUAUCUUCUCCCAUCCCCGACACUCCCAUGGCGACCUUUACGUCCGGGACACUAAGUCCCUGAUGCCGAAGAAUUUCGAGGCUCCGUUGACUAUUCACCCCACGUUCUUGGAUGCUCUAUUGCAUUUGACCUGGCCUAUUCUCGGUCAAGGUCGUAUGGAACUCGAUACGCUGUACAUGCCAACCAUGAUCAAGGGCUUGCUAAUCAGCGACAAAAUACCCUCUACCCCAGGAGAAUCUGCCAAAGCGUGGUGCAACGGUGGGCCCAGCUUGGCUAACCCGGAGCCAGCAAAGUUCGAUCUCUGGGUGACGCCGGAGAACUCCACUGAGAUUCUAAUCAACAUGGAGGGGCUGAUCAUGACUCCCCUCAGGGAUGAAGGUGCUGUUCGUGGUCAAAAGUUCCGCGACUUGUGCUAUAAGUUUGAGUGGAAAUCUCUUGCGGAACUUGAGGAGGUUGCGGCAGAAUCCCAGGAGCCCAAGGGUAAUGUGAAUGGCAAUGGUAUCAAUGGGCACGCUUCUCAGCCCAAUGGUGUGCUAACGAAUGGCCAUGCUGGGAGUGGCUUAACUAACGGCCACAUCAACGGUAAUCUCAGUCCGGACGUGAAGCCGCAUAUCAAUGGUAAUGGCAUUCUACAUGACCAUCCCUUGACCGAUAUUGUGAUCACGCAAUUUGGCAAGCCCGACGGCAUCGCGGACCAGCUAGGAGAUGCUAUUCAAGAGACUAGCGACUGGAAGCCCUCCAUCUCCACUUUUGAGGAUAUAGAUGCAACAGGCAAGCAUCUCAUCGUCCUCCAGACUGGAGCCCAAUCUCUUCGCAACCUCACGGCAGAGGCAUUCGAAAACAUCAAGAAGAAUUUGUUGAACGCAUCCAACAUUUUGUGGGUGUAUCGUCUUGACGAUCUCGAUGCCCAGAUGAUCGUCGGUCUGACCAGAAGCUUGCGUUCCGAGACUAUGGCCAAGGCCGCAACCCUCGGUCUUGAGACUGAAGAUCUCGAGAAUCCUGUGACUCCCAUCAUGGCUACCAUCGAUUCUCUGUGGUCAACAAACGCCCUGAAGCCCUGCAAGGACUUUGAGUUCCGGGCUAAGGGGGCUGAACUCUUCGUCCCGCGUGCCUUCACCAACGACGCGGCAGAUGCUUUCGUCCACAACGAGACUCAUGAGAUGACCAUCUCGUCUCAGCCUUUUCAGCAGCCCGGCCGCCGCUUCAAGCUUCAGAUUGGCAAUCCCGGCGCUCUUGAUACAUUGUACUUUGCUGACGACGUAGUUGAGCCACUGGCUGACGAUGAUGUCGAGAUUGAGGUCAAGGCCACCGGCCUGAAUUUCAAAGAUAUCGUCGUUACCAUGGGCCAGCUUGCGCAGCCAUACAUUGGUAUCGAGUGCAGUGGUAUCGUCUCAUCUGUCGGCAAGAAUGUCCAGCAUCUCACGGUCGGUCAGCGAGUUAUGGCCCUACCGCUGGGCGGUUACUCCACCUUUGCUCGCUGUAAAGCAACCAGCGCUGCUCCCCUCCCGGCGAAUAUGUCCUUUGAAGUCGGUGCCACAGUACCAGUGGUCUUCUGCACGGCUUACUAUGCGCUUUUCGACCUCGGCCAUCUGCAAGAAGGCGAGCGAAUUCUAAUUCAUGCCGGUGCUGGUGGUGUCGGGCAAGCAGCCAUCAUGCUCGCGCAGAUGAUUGGUGCGGAGAUCUUCGUCACUGUCGGCAGCUUGGAGAAGAAGCAAUUCCUUAUGAUCCAGUAUGGUAUCCCUGAAGAUCAUAUUCUUUACAGCCGUGAUACCUCGUUUGGUCGUGGUAUUCGCCGUGCAACGAAAAAUCAGGGUGUGGACGUCGUUGUCAACUCACUGGCUGGUGACCUCCUACGUGAGACAUGGGAAUGCCUGGCUCCAUUCGGCCGGUUUGUUGAGAUUGGCAAGGCUGAUAUCACCAAGAACACUCGUCUCGACAUGCUUCCAUUCGAGUACAACGUUAGCUUUGCUUCUGUCGAUUUGACAAAGGUGGCCGCGCACCGCCCGAAGCUGAUGAAGCGACUCUUGGACAAUGUUACGGAGUUGAUGGCCAAGCAAUCUGUGCGCCCUAUCCUGCCACUAACCACGUACCGCAUCUCAGAGCUAGAGACUGCUUUCCGCACCUUGCAGACCGGUAAGGCAAUGGGAAAGAUUGUAGUUGUUCCUCAUCAGGAUGAUUAUGUCAAUGUAAGUAAAGGUUGA